AGCCCCGGCCCAGCGGCGUACGCCAACCACCCGCGCUACGGGCAGCCCUCGCGCCUGCCCUUCCUGGUGAACGGCGAGGUGGACACGCCCGUGCCCGUCAUGACCUUCGCCGCCAUCUUCCCCUACGCCAUCAUCCCGCACCUGGACGCGCAGGUGCUCGAGUUCCCGCUCGACGACGAGCGCUACCGGCUGGUGCUGGUGCUGCCGCGGCGGCGGCGCGGGCUGGCGCACCUGCUGCGCGCGCUGCGCUCCGUGCCGCUGCGCCACCUCUGCGCGCAGCUGCUGCCCACGCGCGUGCACGCCGUCAUCCCCUCCUUCAUGGUGGACGACUACGUCACGCUCACCGCCGCGCUGCAGAAGCUGGGCAUCUGGGACGUGUUCGACCCGCGGCGCGCCGACCUGGGCGUCAUGACGGACGAUCGCGAGCUGUUCGUGCGCAACAUCGAGCAGUCCAUCACCGUCGUCAUCCGCAACUACGUCGAGGUCUUCGACAUCCAGUCACAAAUAUUUAAAAGAAAGUGCUGCUUUCGUAGCUGA